AGCCAGAGAGCCUUGGGAACAAUAAAGAAGCAAGUAGGGGCUGUGAAACAGGUCAUUUAAGUUUUUAAAAUAUUGCCAAGGAAUGUAACAACAUAACAGGAGGCAACACAGGGAAUCUGGAAAUACUUAAAGAUGUAUUAUCUCUAAAACCCUCUGCACCAUAAAGACAUCUUGCAUGCAACUGUGUGUACAGUGGAAUGCUGCUCAGCAGCAAGCAAAGCAAAAGGACUUAGCAUCAAGGCUUUUGCUCUCUUUACUAUCUGUGUAGAAGAAACAAUCAGGAUGGCUUCUCCAAGUAAAAGAAAUUCUGCAGUGAGAACUCAAAAUACAUUUUGCCCUGAAGAUGCAGUCUGUAAGCAUGGAUUCCUCAUCAAAUCACCACCUCUUCAACUUUUUGGCUCACAGAAUUCCUGGAAAAGACGUUUUUUCAUCCUGUCCAAAACCAGCAAGGGCAAUUACAUCUUGAAGUAUCUAAAAGGCCAGAACAUAAAAGGAUCCAUAGCUGUUGAUCAAAUCAUAAAUAUCGAAGUUGGCAUAAGCAACUCUGAAAUUAUGGAAAUGGUGAGGAAAAUGUUUAAAUGCCUUCCUGAACAGGUGAUGUCCAUCAGUACUGGAAACAGAUGCUACUACCUCAUUGGGAGCAGUAGGCAGGAAACAGAGGACUGGGUCACUGUGAUAUCUUCAAUCUGCAGGGAAGCCAAAAGAGGUGGAUGCUGCCCCGAGAACCGAGAUCUUCCAAAUCCAGAAAUCAGAAGCCGGCCCUCCUCUUUGCCACUAUUUUUGAAUUCUAUAGGUACAACCAGUUUCCCGGAAAGGCAAAGCUACCAGGAGGAGAGUGGUUCCUCAGAAGACAAGAACAGGCCUAAUUCAGAUCCUGGCCCUCAUCAGGCUCAGUGUGACUCACCAAGAGGAGUUUGUCCAAGCCUGGAUCAAAAUCUGGGAAAGAGUGAGGAAAAACUGCUGUCAUCAGACACAGAUGAAGACAUCAAAAAGGAUGAAGAAGAUUAUUACCAAACUCCCACCAAUAUUUUAGCAAAGUGUGCUACUGAAGUAUCAAAGCCUGACUCCACAGCUGGGUCUGAUGUCCCUGUGCAAGAGAAGCCAGUGCAGAGCAACCCAGUAAAGGAGAACAUUUAUAUGUCAAUGAAAUCACUUAAGUUGCUGGAUGAGAGUUGCCAGCUCACGUGCAGACGUGAUGGGCUCCCGUCUCCUCCCAAAUGCCAGGAGAACAGUACAUGUCCAAGAGACUUGGAAGCAAAUAGAGACCUACAAUUCCCAGAAAUCACCACCAGCCAGCAGCCAGCCCUCCAGAGAAGGCAAAAUUCAUUACCACUUUCAGUGGUUCAGUUGUCUAUACUGCUCAGUCGAGUCACAGAUGAGACCCAACUGCAGAAGCUGGAUAUUUUUGUCUCCCUGGCUGAUAUUAACAGUUACCUAAAACUUACUGAAGCAGCAGGACAAAUAUGUGUCUCACAGUGGACUGGUCCUUGCCAACUGGGAUGUUUGUUUAAUCACGGAGACCACAUAGUGGCGGUGAAUGACCUGCAACCCCAGGACGUGGAGGAGGCUUACUUCUUCAUCAGCAGGUCCAUAAGAAAGGAGGUGAAACUUACUGUAUGUAGGAUUCCACAUUCAGAUAUCUUCCAUGUUAAAGGCUGCUCAUGUUCCUGAAAAAAGACCUCAAUGAUUAAUGGUGUUUAAAGGCCUGUUUGUGCUGAAUUCUGAAUAAAGACAGAGGGAAACCCCACUUCUGGAACUGCAGAGGCCGAAAAUGGAAGGAAAGGCAUUCCUUGGGAGCUCUUCUCCAAAGCUGCUAUUAGACUCCUUUGUUCCCUCUUUGAGCAGAACAAAUCCAUCUCUGCCAGAGGAGUCUCUGCGGGAUGGGAUGGCCAGCUAUCACCAUACAGGGCUGCUUCCAGCCCUGUCACUGUCAGCCUGCUAGGACAGUCCUCCAGGCCUGAAUCCUAAGAUCACAGAUCAUCUAGUUUAAGAUGGCUGCUGCCCUCAACCUUUCCUGCCCAAGGUUUGCCUAACCUCUUCUUCUGAACUUUAGAAAAGGAAAGUCCAAACCUUCCUGUGUUGUUCUGAGACUCAUCUCUCUAUAAUUAGGAAGUUUUUUCCCGGUAUUUAUCCUAGAUGAUUUUUUCAGAAAAUUAACCUGAUUUUUUUUCUUGCCAUGUUUUCUGCUGGCAUGGGGAGUGCUUAAUUUCUGCUGUCUCCAGAGAAGUCUUUUAUCUGGAAGUUGUUUUUUCUGUCUUCCUUUCUUUUUAUUAGACCAAACAUCCUGCAUUCUUUCAACAUUUUCUCGAACAUUUCCUGGAAGUAGUCACAUGUCACUGAACUGCAGGACAAAUACCUCAUGUUUCCAGACAAAGGAGGUGAGACAGCCAUAAAGCAAUUUCCUGGAACAUCAUAAAGAAACAUUUCCAAAGAGAGGUGAACUAGUGAAGAGGUUAUGAACCCUACAUGGUGGUGGGAGGAGAGCCACUGCCGUGGAACCGGCACAUGUCAUUGCUGCUGAAGCAGGUGUUGAGCAAUGCAUGCUGCACCUCUCGGCUGUGGAAGAAUGUUACUUUGGGACCAAAAUAGGAUUUGGGUAGUUAUAGCAUGCAUAGGGUGAUUCCAGAAUAUUUCAGAAAACUGGGGGAUUACUUCUGUACUUCAGUAAACAGUUACUGAUGUGUUAGCCCGUAAUUGAUCAUUAUGUCAGUUUGCGCAAUGAUAAAUGCAGAUAAUUAAUGUCACAUAUUGGCUGAUUCAUAACACAUAGAUGUAGUAUGGAAAUUACAUCAGUAUAGUAAAUUCUGGUAGGGUGUGUGAAGUUGUCUGUCCACAUACGAUUAAUAAAUGUGUUAAUGCUUUACAACA